UGUAACAUUUUAUUUUCUGUAACUUCUUUAAUAUAUACUACAUACCUAAGUAGAAUAAAUAGUCUAAAUAUAAUUUUCUUUGCUCCCAGGUACUGAAAGUCUAAAAUCUACGAAGAAAUGUGGGUCAACACCCCCGUAGCGCCCCAACCCGCCACCUGAACGACGCCAUGACCUCCGAAACCCCUCUCGAUGCCAAAAAGAAACAGGACGCCAAAAAGGACUGCGCCAAAUUCGCAGAAGACAAAGCAAAUGAACACAAAACCAUAGAAGAAGACAAAAGAAAAAGAUCAAACGAACUGAUGAGGCUAGUCUACGAACUACCCGAAGAAAUAAAUAAAGAAGUGACUGAAAAUAAUAAUAUGUUAAAAGAGAACCCACCAGUCAUGAUAGUCGAGAUAACUGAACAGAAUGGUUGUGAACCGGACAAAAAAUGUGAUAAUGAUUACCUUACAGAAAUAGAUUCUAGUCCAGACUUAGGCGAUAGUGUUGUAUAUGACGUUUUAGCUACUAAUGAACUGAUAAUGCACGCGGAAGAGUAUAAGGAAGUGCUCGUGCGUUCGUCGCCAGAAUGUGCUGAUGAAGACUUGUUAGAGUUGAAGAAGUUGAUUGAAACUAGUCCUAAAGUGUUAGAGAGGUAUAUUAGGGAAUGUGCAAGUGGUGAAGAAGUGAAUAGACUGCAUAGUUUGACGUCGACUGGGCCGCUCUCGCCGCGACAGCAUCAGGCGAGGAGUACAUCGGUUACAUCAGACCUGUUCCAGUUAUGGCUGUCAUCAUCUCCCGUUAAGAGAUCGCGGUCUCCAAGCGGCUCAGCAGCUCAGAGGCAGCUGGAAGAGGCGGAUCUGUUCAUGGACCUGAUCAAGGACGUCGCCAACGAGUUGGAUAUCAACGUGUUAUGUCACAAGAUCCUAGUGAACGUGUGUCUACUAACGUCGGCCGAUCGCGGCAGUUUGUUCCUGGCCAAAGGCACGCCCCCCAACCGCUACCUUCAAGCUAAGCUGUUCGACGUCACGAGAGACACAGACUUAACCGAAGCGUUAAACACUGCACAAUCGCAAGAGAUCAGGAUCCCCUUCGGCGUCGGAGUAGCGGGCGUGGCUGCUCAGACAAAACACCACAUCAACAUCAGAAACGCAUACGCAGAUCCCAGGUUCAACAGUGAAAUAGACGCCCGCACCGGUUACAAGACUGAGCUCAUCCUUUGCAUGCCAAUCUGCAACUACGAGGGAGGGGUUGUUGGCGUCGCUCAAAUCAUUAAUAAAACUGAUGGCUCCAAAGAAUUCUCCCCCCGCGACGUUGAAGUCUUCCGCCGCUACCUCACCUUCUGCGGCAUCGGCAUCCAGAACGCCCAGCUCUUCGAGUCCUCGGUCCUCGAGUACAAGAGGAACCAGAUACUCCUGGCGCUGGCUAGGAGCAUAUUUGAGGAGCAGAGCAACUUGGAGUGCCUGGUCACGAAGAUUAUGACGGAAGCGAGGGAUUUGCUGAAGUGUGAUCGGUGUGCUGUCUUCAUUUUGGAUACGGAUCAUUGUGAAUCUAGUCAUUUGGAGCGCAUAGUCCAAAGGCCUGGCGGAGAGCGCUCCACGACCCUCGCUCUUCCGCCACCAGCGCCCACCAGGUUCCACACACUCUUCGAACUUGGAGCCAAGCAGUCCAGAACCACAUUAACACCAAGACACGACUACCAGUCUACAUUAGCCUGCAUUGCUUUAGCGGUCGCACAAUCCAAUAAAGCCUUAAACAUCUCCGAGGUAUCAGAUUGGAGGAGAGAGCACGGUAUCGAGUUACAAGACCCAACGAAUGACGACGCGAAGGAUGUCAGGACGAUGCUCUGCAUGCCCAUCGUUAACGCUAAUAAAGACGUUAUUGGCGUGGCACAGCUUAUCAAUAAGGAAAAUGGUUGUCAAUUUACUGACGGCGAUAUAUCGAUAUUCGAAGCAUUCGCCAUCUUUUGCGGUUUGGGCAUCCACAACACGCAGAUGUAUGAAAACGCUUGCAAGCUGAUGGCUAAACAGAAGGUGGCGUUAGAGUGUCUGUCAUACCACGCCACAGCUUCAGCAGAAGACACCAACAAGCUCUGUCAAGAUAUCAUCCCCACUGCCGAAACCUACAAUCUUUACAGCUUUCAGUUCCAUGACUUCGACCUUUCUGACGAAGACACGUGCAGAGCGACGCUCAGAAUGUUCCUCCAGUGCAACUUGGUUGAGAAGUUCCACAUACCUUAUGACGUCUUAUGUCGUUGGAUACUAAGCGUCAAGAAGAACUAUAGACCAGUAAAAUACCACAACUGGCGACACGCCUUAAACGUAGCACAAACUAUGUUCGCGAUGCUAAAGACAGGCAAGAUGGAGCGAUUCAUGUCGGACCUAGAAAUCCUAGGUUUACUAGUAGCUUGCCUAUGUCAUGACCUGGAUCAUCGAGGGACGAAUAACGCAUUUCAAACGAAGACAGAAAGUCCUCUGGCAAUUUUGUAUUCGACAUCGACUAUGGAGCAUCACCAUUUUGACCAGUGCGUCAUGAUUUUAAAUAGUGAAAGCAAUAAUAUAUUUCAGGCUCUCUCCCCGUGCGAUUAUAAAGACGUAAUGCGGGUGGUAGAAACGGCCAUACUUUCAACAGACCUGGCGAUGUAUUUCAAGAAGAAAUCCAAGUUCCUAGAGCUGGUCGACAAUGGGGAGUUCGACUGGCAGAGUCAGGAGAAGAAAGAGUUACUAUGCGGCAUGAUGAUGACAGCCUGCGACGUGUCAGCCAUUGCCAAGCCUUGGGAGGUGCAGCAUAAGGUGGCCAAGCUGGUCGCUGACGAGUUCUUCGACCAGGGGGACUUGGAGAAGCUGCAGCUCAACCAGCAGCCCAUUGCUAUGAUGGACAGAGAAAAAAAAGACGAGCUGCCCCAAAUGCAAGUAGGCUUCAUCGACAUGAUCUGCCUGCCGCUAUACAGGGUGCUCUCGGACACGUUCCCCUGGAUCCAGCCCCUGUACACAGGCACCCUGGACAACCGAAACCGGUGGCAGGACCUCGCGGAGAAGGUGGAGAUGGGGCUCACGUGGAUCGACCAUGACACUAUUGAUAAGCCUAUUGAGGAGUUUACUGCCUCUAGUGAGCCAAUCAAAGACGUGGAAUUUACUGUGACUACGUUAAACUGUGCUAAGACCGCCGCCGAAACGUCCAUGGCUCUAGCCAAGCCUAUAAAGACUCCUUUCCACUCGCUAAGAAGGGGGAAGAGUGGGAACUUUACAUCAAGGUCGGCAAGGAGCAAACUUACUAGAUCAAUGUACGCGGCGCCCAGCUACCGGGAGGAGAGGUCAAGCAUAAAGAGGCCGGAGAGCCAGCCGCCGGUGCCAGAAGAGCCGCAGCAGACUAGCAAGAUUAAACAUAAAGGCCGCCUGUGCCAUAUGUUGUGACGUUUAAGUUUUAACUGGAGCAGUCAGAGUAGCACCGAGAAGCCGGAUCGAGUGAAGCCGUCCAAAUCGAUCGAUUGAACUGAAACCAUUAAGGGGUUAUUAUUUACACCUAUCCUUCUCCUACCUUCUUAAGAGAUACAGAGAAACGUAUUCCUUUCCCUGUCCCUCUCAGUGUCCGGAAAGGAUAGAUGUAGGUAAUAACCCCUAUAUUAUACUCUGCGCUCCAGUUACGAUGAAAUGUCGUUUAGAUGCAAUUCUAUACAUUUCUACUACUAAUAGUGUAUUCUUAUAGGAAAACGCUACUGAGUUCGAAAUUGCGGUUAUUCCUGUUUUAUAAAAGUUGUGCAAUUGUUUAAUAAAAUAAUACGUCUUUUUCUUACCAAUUACUUACCUAGUUAGUAAUUGUAAUAGCAAUUGAAAUGAGAAAAUAUGAUACGACUGGAUUUUAUUUGGUGUAGCUGAAUUAAAUGAAGUAGGUACCAAUACUUGAAAACGUGUUAUAAAACAUUAGAAUAUUUAAUAAGUCUUAGAGAUUCAUCUACUUGAACAGUACCUACUACUUUUAGUGAAUAAUAUUUGAGAUUGUGGAUUAUCUAGUUUGUUGAUUCUUAUAGUUUUAAUUUGAUGUAUUUCAGUUACCAAGUUUCAGCGCUUACCAAAAAUAUUUUAACAAAAAACUUAGGCAUAAUUGCCUUGAUUAUUUAUAAUUUAUUGUAAUUUUUAUACGAAUAAAUACAAUUUUAUUUAUUAAGUGACAAUUUACAUAAUAUCACAAGUCGAAAAUUAUUUUCUUAACCCAUUGACUGCCGACGACGCCUAUAGACGCGCACGAUGACAGUUAAGUAACAUCUGUGCAUGUCAAUAAGCAUUCGAUAUAGGUUAUACAGGGUGUUUGAUACAUCGUUUGCCAAAUUAAAACGGCAGAUAGGUUGAGUCAUUUGCUAAUAUCUUCUCAUGCCUAGAAAAAUAAAACUGGCCAUGGUUUUUUUUACUACUACGCAAGUAAAAAUUUGAAAUUUGUCGAAAAACUGGCAUAGAAGUGAAAAAAAAAUGUGCGCCAAAUUAAAAAUUUCUAAGCCUGAGAAGAUAGCAAAUGACUCAACCUAUCUGCCGUUUUAAUUUGGCAAACGAUGUACCAAACAACCUGUAUAACAAGCGUGUCGUUAAAUUGGUUAGUUUUAGAUAGAUUUCAAUUAUACUUUUUAUUUAAUAAUUUAUUUGAUAUCUUGACUUAUUACUUUUUAACUACGGCAACUUUCGAAUAAAUGCCUUAGAGAAGUAAUAGUAGCAACACCAUUUAGGUGUUCGUUUUUCUUGUAAAUCGAAUACUUAGAUAAAUGUUUAUCUUAUUGAUGUAUUAUUUACAUAGACUGUGAUCUAGCAUUACUUCGCGAAAUUCUAUUUUAAAACUUCGUACUGUAUUGUAGGUUGUGUCAAACGUUGUAGCAAUCUAAAACUUAGAGGUCUCGGUAUUGUAUAUAAACUUUGUAUACAUGAGCGAUUUCCAUUUUUUUGUACAAUAAACAUUUGUCUCAAUCUUACUCCAAUUCAAUCUUGACAGUAAAAACACCUAGAAUUUUAUGAUUAUGAUUAAAGUAUGUAAACCUGUCAUCAACAUGAACAUACGAUAAAAAAAAUUUAGUCACUGUAUAAAAAAAAACAUACUAAUGUACUUUCUUUCUGGGUGAUAGGAGAUUUAGAAAACAUGUUUAAAUAUGUACAAAAAAAUAGAAAUAUCUCAAAAGUAUGCAACUUGAAAACUUUUAAAAUAGAAUAUUCGUUUCUUGGCCUGAUACCGUGAUGUAUCGGAUGUUUUAGAAUAAAAUAUUAACUAAUAGAUUAUAAGAGAUUUUUACGAGAAUAAUUAUUGUGACUUCGAUCAAUUAUUUUUCAAAUAAGACAUUAGUUUAUUACUGUUGACAUUAAUAUUUGUUUGAAGCUGAAAGUAUUAUGAUGCUAGUCGAUGUUUCGUUUUCCGAGGAACAUUAUUACGUCCAUUUGCUUAUGAAGCUACCAUGUGCAAUAUUUAUAUUUUUAUGGUGGAUAGGAUAGAACCAUUUGAAAUCCGUAGCCUAGUCUCCUAAGGCCCACGGCCCUACCUAUAGUACUUCUUCAGUUCGAUGAAAUUUGAACCUUAUUCAAUUGAAACAGAUUUGCAUAUCUCUUGUUUCCUUAAAUUUUCAAACAAAUAAAAAUCAACUCUAUUCCCUGCACAAUAGGUUCAAAUUUUAGUGGAAAAUUUUGGGUUUGUCAUUUGUAUGGCUGGGUCUUAGGAGGCUAGAACAGUUAAAUAUUGUACCGUACGUUGACUGCCAGGAUAUCACGAUAUGACGACUCUUUUCCUUUAGAUAGGUACUGCAGUUAUUAGUGACUUUAUAUCUAGCAAUGUAUAAUAACUAAGACUCAGUUUAAAAUGCCAAUAUACCUACCUGCCGAAGCAAAAAAUCAGUUGGCUUCGUUUCAUAAACGACAUUCAGAAGUUCAGAACAUUAGUUUGAUCCAUUUCUUGGCAAUGUAUUUUGAAAUAUUUCAUAUGUCUCAUUGUUCAUACCACUUUUAUUAAGUUAUAUGACAUUUAUUUAUAUUUUUUGGUUGGAAUGGUUGUCCUUUUUUUUGUUUUCCUCCAUUUGUAGGUAUAUAAAUUCAUAUAAAGCACAUUAAUAUGAAAUAAUGUCACAACACAUCAUUCAAACGCGAAAUAAGCAAUUACAUACCUACCAAGGCUCGAAACCGGUUUUUUCUACAUACAAAAAAUACCGGUUUUAUUACGUUCUUUUUCGUUCUUUGGUUUAUUAUUUCAUAUUUAAUAGGACAAUCUAAUAAUACGAAGUUGUUACCUAAAUACAUAAUCCAGUCCUACGUAAAGAACAUAAAAUAAUUAAAAGUACUGGGUUAUUUUGGGAUUGAAAGAAAAACCGGUUCCGAGCCCUAAUAGGUAUUCAAAAGAAUAACAAUUAAUAAUAUAUUCAAAUUAUACUAUGUAUAUAAUAUUAAAAGUUAUUCUUUAAGUACCUGUGAAUAAUAUAAAUAAGAAUUACAUUUUUGAAUUUUUAUUGUAAUAGAUCGAAUAAUACGAGUUAUGAUUAAAUAAACGUUUUAAUAUUAGAUAAAUGUGUCUUAAACUUUUAGAUGGAAAUCAAAAUUAUUUGUAUCAUAAAUGGACUAUUAUGAUAAGUACUCUGUUUUGACUUUGAAAGUUCUAUUUUUUAUAGAUCUUCAACAUUUCUGUGAAACGCACAGCAACGAAGGCGAAGUUCUAUUUUAAUUAAAAACGUUAUGUUACCAAAAAUAUUAUUUAUAAUAAUGUUAUUUAUUUGUAAAAAAAAACAUUACCUACUUGUUUAUAUAAUUAUUAUUGAAUAUAUUUUUUUGUUUAUAUUUUGUCAAAGUACCUAACAAUUUAAAUUGUGAAAACGCUCAGUGUAACAAAUAUAGGUAUAACAUGUACCUACCUACCUAUAAUUUAUAUCAUUAUAUUUUUCACAUAAAUGAAAAUGUAACAUUCCCUUAAGUAAUAAUUAUGUUCUUGUUAAAGUUAAGUGAUAUCAAAUUCCAAUAAUACCUACAAAUUAAUUUCAUAUAGGAUUGCGAUAAUACAAAUUAAUUUCAUAUAAUAUGUUUUAUUGCGUUAACCAUCCGAUUUAUGUACGGAGUGUAAACUAUUGUUCCAAAGAAAUAAUUUGCUGAAAUCAUCCUGACACUACAAGAAUUCGUUUCUUUUACUAAAGUUAUGAAAAUACUGAAUGUGUAAGUACACGAAUUAAACGUAUUGUGAACAUA